UCAGGCCGGGCUCUUCCGGGCAUGUGCACCGCUGUCAACUCCGAAAUGUAAACAGGAAAGUCUGUUGGGCGAAAAUCCGCACGUCUCUGAACAUUACAUUCGAAGACGCCGCGCUGACUUUAGCUCGUUAGCAGCUCGUAAGCAGCCCGAAGUUGCGGUGGAGGAGCCCGGAUGUCAGAGGUGGAGCAGGGGGCGAGGAGAUGGGUUCCGUCCGGUGGGCUUUCCGCUGCGGAUCGUGGACGCCGGGCAGGUCAGACUGGCUGUUCGCUGCUCGCUGCAUCCAGCGGGAGGAGAAAGAUCGGAUCGGGCAGUUUGUGUUCGCCAAGGAUGCAAAGUCAGCUAUGGCUGGACGGUUGUUGCUAAGGAGGCUUGUGUGUGAGAAGAUGGGGAUCCCAUGGUCAGAGAUCAGACUGGAGCGAUCUCCCAGAGGCAAACCUUACCUGGCAACACCUGGCAAGGUCAGUUCAGAGUCAGAUCUGGCCUGGAGUUUCAAUCUCUCCCACCAAGGGGACUACGCAGUGCUUGCUGCAGAGCAGGGGAGGCAGGUCGGGGUGGAUAUCAUGAAGACCGCCAUGCCAGGUUGCAGCUCUGUGCUGGAGUUUUUCCGCAUUAUGACUCGUCAGUUUACAGCGCACGAGUGGAGCGCCAUCCAAUCAGCCGGCUCGGAGCACCAGCAACUCGCCGCGUUCUACCGCCACUGGGCCCUGAAGGAGAGCUUCAUCAAAGCCAUCGGCACCGGUCUGGGCUUCAACCUGCAGAGGGUGGAGUUUCACCUGCCGUCUGAGCCGCUCACACAGGACCAGGUACUGCACCAGACCAAGAUGCAUCUAGAUGAGGAAGAAGAAGAGGACUGGGUGUUCGAAGAGAGUUUACUGGAUGCUGAUCAUCAUGUUGCUGUAGCACUCGGACCAGCAGACAACACAUGCCCUGCACCUCGUCCGCCUUCUCUUCUUCCGCCCACCACAUUUACCGUGCUGUCGUUCAGAGAGCUCAUCGACUCAGCCUCACCUCUAACAGACGAAGACCCCACCUACUGGGAUAGCUUCAAGAUGAAGGCUGAAGCUCCGCAGAGACAGAAGGAUACACACACGUCCACAUAGCCGCCCGUCUGAAGCCGACACUCAGCUGCCAUACAAACGCACACCUUUCAGAAGUGCCAAAGAAGAAAAACACUGACACUGAAGUCGUUUUGGUAUUCAACCCGAAUCCAGUCACGUCCUGUCAAGUUUAUUUGCCAAGCCAGAAUUUACAGGCUUGUCUCAAAGGACCUAAGAACUUAGACAGUAUCUGACACCAUCUAUCUUUAGAUUCUCAGUUCUGAUAAGUAUAAAAAAAGACAGGGGAUUCAACAAAAAUCACCAAACCAAUACACAGACACACAAUAUAUCCAACAUGUCAUUUUGUUUUCUUUCUACACACUGAAUCAGAUUUAAGUCUCAUGAAACUAGAAACUGAUUGGCAACCACCAGGCAACAUCUGGUCACAUGACUGGUUGGUGAGAGGUUUCUGUCAGUUGUUGUGAAAUUCUGAAUAAAUCCUAAUUCUUACCUCAGCCUCCAGAAACACGCUGAGGAGGUUUGGAGUGGUUUUUAGCUAGGAUAUAUUUUUCCAUGUAAUAUCAAACAUAUGUAGGACUGCUUUAAUAUGUUUGCACGAUAUCUCUAGAAUUAGAAACAUCCUGUCUCAGAGUGAUGCUGAAAAAUUACUUCCUGCCUUUUUACUUCUAGGCUAGACUGUUGCCAUUCAUAAUCCCUGAAAAGCCUUGAGUUGAUCUAAAAUGUUGCAGCACGAGUACUGACAGGGAACCAGAAAGAGAGCAUAUUUCUCCCAUUUUAGCGUCACUUCACUGACUCCCUGUUAAAUCCAGAAGCAAAAUGUUUCCAUCCAACUGUUGGCUAAAAAAUAAGAAUAAAUAUGUUUAACAAGGGAAUUGGUGAUGAUCAAAAUAAAAUUAAAAAAAACCUUUUUUUGUCAUUUUCGAACAUUUAAAAUGUGUAAAAUGCAAAUAAAAUAAACUUUAAUAAUUUUGCAGAUCAGCUGCUUUUCUUAAUCUCUAUUUUUUUGCCAUAUUCUCUGGAGUUAAGAGGAGAAAGCCAGCAUCCAAGGUCAUAUGGAGGUGUGUUUGUGCACAUGACAUGCUCUUGCACAUUUGUGAGGGCACCAGUAAUGCUUUACAAUAUAUAAAGUUGUUUUUAAUAACAUAUCCACCACCCACCAAUGUUCUUUGGACAAACUAGGUUUUCUUUCCUAUUUCAGUAAGAAAACCUAAACCUCAGUAUGCAUGCUAAGCAUUACUUAUGACAUACACUGACAGCUAUAGUCCUCCUGCAGGGGUCUGGGUUCAGUUCUCUCCCAGAUCAUUUCCUGUCAUUCACCCUCACCCUUUCUACACUUUGUUGUUAUUCUCUACACAUCAGAAUAAUAAUUAUAAUAAAAAAAUGUCCAUCCCAAUUGUUCUGAAAAAUAACUUUUCUCAAUGUCAACAAUUAAAACUUUGCAUAUUAACGAGUUUCAGCAUUGCUACCCAAUGCUACAAGUACAAUUUUAUGUAUGUGAGUAUCACAGUUGAGCACGCUCAAGCCUCAUUUUGUUUACUGCUGUCUUUCUUUCCUCCCUUGUGUAUCUAAAUGUAAAUGUCUCUCAACCUUGCUUCUCUUAACUUCACUCUUAUCUUGCAUGAAUGUUUUCGUCCUUUCUUCCUCCACAUUGUCACUGCCAUCAUAUCUCAUCUUUCUCUUUUUCCCUCUCUUCUCAACUCUGCCUGGCAGCAUCUGUUUUUGUUGAACAUAUUCAGCUGACCGUCUCCUUCCUUCAAUCUUAUUCUCCUGCUCUCGAGGCUAACUCAUAGAUUGCUCGUGUCAGUCUGCCGCAUUAACCUUUUCUUUUCCUGCAUGGCAUAUUAUUUCUUACCUGUGAUCGUAAGUCUUUUCGCCUGCACACGUUGGCUAUCAUCAGUGCCAAGAGGUCUGUUAGCAAUCUCAAUGAACAUCCUACACUUAGCUUUUGCUUUAACCUUUGAAUUGAACAGAUACACAAACACAUCAAGUAAAACCAGCCACAAAGAGUUCUUUCAGUGUCACAUCUGCCUUCAAAUUGUAAUCAAAGGCAAACAUUGGUUGUCUGAGACCCACACAAUGGCACGGACUGGUUGUUUAACCCAACCUGCAGAAUCUGCUGCUCAUCUUCAUCGCUCUCUUUUUUCUAGCUAUCCUUAGCCUUCCGAGAGAACAGACAAGACUUGUGGGUAUUGAUUAAAUGGCAACCUACUCUCCAGGUGGCUUUAUGGAGUCCUUUUGUUUACACUUGUAUAUGUGACAGAUAACAUAGUGUUGAAAUGUCAGAGAAAAAGUGCACUGAUUCAAGUGUAUGUUGCUGAGCCUGUACAGAGUUGUAUCUGUAUACAACUUGAAAUGACAUAUGCAUGCCGUCGUUGUCUGCAGCUGGAGUGAAUUCAUUUGCCUCCUCAUCGUCUUAAAUCUUACGUUAGCUGCAGCGGUGAAGAGGAGAGAGGAGGCAGCGGGGUCAGACUGGAGGCUCACAGGCUUUCCUCAGAGAGAGACCAUUUUUAGUUGCUUCAGGUUUACUGAUGUGUCAGAGACAAGACCACGGGAAUAGAUUUUCUCUCUUUUUUUUGUCUUAUAUGUGGGCUGGAGACAAGACUGCUUUGGGCAUGAGACUGAGUUUAGCUUGAAGUGAGAGAUGAAAUCCACCUGCCUGCUGUUGAGGAUAAGAGUCAUGUUUCUUCUGAUGGAGGAAGAGCAGGAGAACAGUUUCUGCUGCAUUUAAACGUUCACUGGUAUGUUUUUAAAAUUAGACUCGAUUUCAAAAUAACAUUUUUAACCAUUGCCUUGCAAACAACGUGUAAAACAAAACAUAAAACCCUGUUGUAACUUAUGAACCUAACAAGUCCACUGAAGACUUUGCGCUUGAUUGAUUAGGAAGCCAAUCCCACAUAGGAAGGAAAGCUCACGUAAUUGGGUGCACUUGUUUGCUGAGCUGGUAAGUAAUGCGUUUUCAGCUGCGCCUGACAUUUCAUUAAUUUUAUAUCAUCCUUUAAUGUUCCCAUUACUUUGUUUAAUGAUUCAAUAUGAUGACAUUCUCAUCUACUCGAGGUGAUUUAUGCCAGCUGCCGAUGUGACAUAUGCUUUGCUUUGCAUUUACUUCAAAAACGCAUCAAGAAUUCUGGAAACUACACUUAUUUAUUUCCCAGCAGAGUGUAGUUGGAAGCAUAUUAGCUUAGCUUAAACAGAGGCGAGCAGCUAGCCUUUCUCUGUCCAACGUUUUUAUAAGUUUAUAAAAUCUCUGUAUCAGCACUUCUGUGUUUUUAUGAACAGAAGCUUUUUAGGCACACCUGUUCAACUACUUGUUAAAGCAAAUAUCUAAUCAGCCAAUCACAAAGCAGCAACUCAGUGCAUCUGGGCACAUAGACAUAACCAAGGCAAUGUGCUGAAGUUCAAUCGCAGCAUCAGAAUAAGGAAGAAAGUUGGUUUAAUGGACUCUGAAUGUUGUUGGUGCCAGGCGG